AUGUGGCCCUUGAAUUGGCCGGCGUUGAAACUUGGGAUAGCGAUGAGAGGGGGGAAGGAGCAGCUGUUAACUACUCCAUUUAAUAAGUAUGAUAAAGAAAAAAAACAGGACCAUUUAAAACCCAAAGCAAAUAUUUUACUGGAACCAGAUGUUAAACUUAAUGAUAACAUUGAUAACGACUCACAACCUUUAAACAAAACCUUGGAUUUAUAUGAAUUUCAAGAAAAUGAUUUAGAGGAAAAAGCAUCAAAAUCGCCUGAGUACGACAAGCUGGAAGAAAAAACUUACACUCCAUUAAAAGCUGUAAAUUUUGAUUGCUAUCCAAUUUUGACCAAAAUUGACACGAAUCUAAAUACUGACCAUAGAGACUAUGAAGACAAUGAAGACUUUAGCGAGUCACGUGACACAUCCUCAUAUGUACCCGAAACGGAAAUAGAGUCUGAGGGAGGGGAAGAGGAAACUAUUAUUCCAAUUUUUAAGACCAUAAACGUAACUUGCCCUGAAUCAACUUUAACAAAGGACGAACCCUCGGAAAAGCCCCAUAUUUCUAACAUCGAAACUAAUAAUUCCAUUGUUGCCCUUUCACAUAGAAAAAACAGAGUUUGGGAUAGAAAGAAUUUCUGUCCAAUUUGUUUCGUAGAAGUGAGUCAUUUUGCAAGACAUUUGGAAAGAAAUCAUGCUGACGAAAGUCGAGUAAAAAAGAGUUUAUCUUUUCCAAAAGGAUCUAAUGAAAAGAAAACCUUAUGGGAUUCUUUACGCAAGGAAGGAAAUUUUCAUUUGUUUAGAGAAGAAAAAAAAGUGGUGGCUGUUGGAAGGCCCACGGAAGCCCAAGCAUUAGACUUUGACGAUUUUGUUGCUUGCGAAAACUGUUCUGGGGUGUACAAAAAAAAAUUUUUCUAUAAGCAUGCUAAAAAAUGCCAAGACAAACACACUGGUACAAAGUGUGGGCGACUAAAUGCCUUAACUCAAUCCCAAACAUUUUUAGCGGCUUCUCGCUGCCAAAACAGUUUUUUAUCACAGUCAAGAUUAAAGAAAGAGGUAUUUUGCAUUAUGAAAGCAGAUAAAAUAAGCGCCACCGCAAAAAAUGAUAUUUUAAUAUGUUUAUUCGGGGAAACCCAUCUUAAAAAACAUAAAAGAAAGCAAAUUGUAACAGUAACGUCCAACAAAAUGAGACAAUUAGCAAGACUUUUGAUUGCUCUUAGAGAGUUCACACCUGUUCAGAACCUAAUUGAUGCUAUGAAACCAGAAUUAUUUGACGAUUUAGUUACGGCCACAAAAGUAAUUUCGGGAUUUAGUAAUGCCGAUAAAAGCUUUAAAUCUUCAUCAUUAGCACUUCAUAUGGGUACCACUUUAAAACAAGUAUGCGAUAUAAUUAAUCGAAUGAUUUUAAAAAAAUCCCCAUUAUUUACCUUUAAAAACCCUAAUGAGGAAAAAAAAAGCAUUCGAGAUUUAAAAACAUUAUUAGAGACCAGUUGGGCCAAUGAAAUUUCUUCAUUAGCCCUUAAAACAAUGAAAGAACAGCAAUGGGAAAAACCCCAAAUACUUCCGGUGACAAGUGACGUAAUUAAGUUUAAUAAUUUUGUCAAAAAUCAGGUUGAAGACAGUGCCAAAAAAUUAAACAAACUUUUAGAAAAGGAGGGGAAACAAAAUGACAAAAAUGAUUUACUUCCUUUAUAUAAAACCUUAGCAAAAGGAAUAGCCCUUCUUUUAAUACUAAAUAGAAAACGCAUCGGUGAGAUUCAAUACCUUGAAAUUUCUACUUACAAAAGAUCAUUUGCGGAGCCCAGUGUUCAAAAAGAAAUUGCUGAAAGUUUAACUGUUUCAGAAAAACUAUUGUGUAGAAACUUUAGAAGAAUUAUUACAGGUGGAAAAGGUAGCAAACCUGUAGCUAUUUUAAUUUCUCCUUUUUUAAACGAGAAAAUUGAGCUGAUGAUUAAAAUAAGGGAAAAAAUAAAAUUAAUUCCAGAAGAUAAUAAAUACAUAUUUGCAAAUCCAAAUUCGUCGAAAGGUUGGUUUCAUGGAACAAGUGUAAUUAAACAAUUUGCAAAAAACUGUGGGGCAAAGGAUCCCAACUCUCUAACUUCUACCAAAUUUCGAAAACAGACUGCAACAAUUUUACAGAUUAUGGACAUUAAUAAUACUGACAUGGAACAAUUAGCCAUUUUUAUGGGCCAUACAAAAAAAACCAAUGAAGAAUGGUAUAGACUUCCUCAAGAUCUAUACCAGACUGCAAAAAUAGCCAAACUAAUGAUCGCUUUGAAUAAAGGUGAUGUUAAUAUUUACAAAGGAAAGAGCUUAGACGAUAUCAAUAUAGAAGAAAAUGACUACUUGGAAAUUGAAGACAUAGAAACAGAAGUAAAUGAAAUAAAUGAAAAAGAAUUAACAGAGCCUACUCAUUCUUGGAGUCCUAAAAGUAAUUUUAGCGAUGUAACCGACGAAAAGAUUGAACAAGCUAAUAAAAAUGAAAAAGUUUCGUCGAAGGGUAAAAGAAAGUUAUUUACCGAUGAAAUGACGCAUCCAAUGCAAAAUAAUAAAGGUAAAGCAGUUUUAAUAAGACGAUUGCAAGGCACCGAUGGACCGAAAAGGACAAACAAACUAUGCUUAAAUACUUUACAAGAUUCAUAA